AUGGCACCGAUAGAGCAGAGGCUGAACCAGUCAUAUACAGAAAUGCCCUCACAUCGUGUGCAGGGGAACAUUUUCGUCUACCGGUGUGUUGAGUGCAAGAAGAUUAAUAAGCACACGUCCAUAAAGGUUAUUGGAGAUAACUUCAUGACGGACCUCAGGAUGCUCGAUCACCAGUGCAUUCCAGUGGAAAGGGCAAGGGACAAAUUUAAUAGGAUGUCAUGCGAGGAAACCCUAGAAUACGCAAAUGAAGAUGAUACUCAGUCUGAGUUGGGGCUCACGACAGUCGUCGAUUACGAACUGGAAGCGAUCGGUGCAGCUGGGAGGGUAUUUGCGCUGCUCCUAUUGAGAGACGUUGUUGGCAUCUAA